AUGUACCUAUCAUUCUACAUUACGGAUACAAGGAAUAAACUUGUUUUCCAGUACCUUUUGGGCGCCACAGCACCUUCAUUCAAACACCUUUGGACCCGUGUUCAAUCCACAUGUCCUCACUUGCUAGAAGAUAGUAGCAGUGAUGAUUAUUUAGACCACGCAGUAGUUGGAAGAGAUCUCGAGGUUUACAAAUAUUUCUCAAUCACAAAUAAGCUCAAUUAUUGGUGCUUAGCCUCGACGUCGAAAUCAAAAGGGCCACUUGACUGCUUUACCCUUUUGGAGACUAUGGAUUGUAUCCUUCUAGAGUAUUUUGAUAAAGAUAAAUUGAGUAUCAAAAAACUUGUUAAUAAUUAUGAUAGGAUCAGUUUAAUCUUCAAUUGUUGUAUUGAAGCCGGUGAGCCAAACGUCAGUGACAUGCUUUACGUUAAUAAAAUCAAAGAAGCUGUUCCUGAAAGAUCUGAUUUAUCAAAGUUCAUCAGUUCCACGGCCCAUAAUCUACAACAAGCUGUGCAAAUUCCACAGCAAAGGCAGCAGCAGCUACAACAAAAUCAAAUAUCUCGUGGAAGCACUUCGUUAGUCGAAAAUGAAGAGGUCGUUCCCUGGAGAACCUCAAAAGCAAGUAAACAUGAAAAUAACGAGCUUUAUGUAGAUUUGUUGGAGACUUUUCAUGUUGUAUUUGAAACGAAAAAAUCUCGCCUAAGGUUAGUCAAUGGAAAUAUUCACGGAACAGUAGACGUCAGAUCUUAUCUGAACAACAAUCCUCUAGUUUCAGUGAAGUUAAAUACGAUGGGGAAUGAUAUAGGAGUGCCUACUUUACACGAGUGUGUUGAAAUCAAGGAUGAUGGUGAGUUUCUUCCCUCCAAUAUAACGUUUAUACCACCAGAUGGGAAGUUCAGAUUAUUAGAAUAUUCCGUAGAUUUAGAUUCUCAAGUUAAACAGUCAGGAAUAAGGAUAAAUUCUAUCGGAUUAAUGUCGUUACAUUUCCAGAAUGGAUUAGGUAAAGAUUCUGAUGAAUUUGAACUCUCUUUAAAUAUUGAGAAUUUCAAGAAGGUUUCACAAAUUGACGAUCUGAAAUUGGAUUUACAGUUCAAUGUCGAAAACGCAGAUGCAAUUGAACUAUCAUAUAAGAUCAAAAUUUUACGCAAUACGCACGGUCGUUUUGAAAAUAGUGCUGCCAUGGGAAAGGGUCAAUGGAUUUUUGACAAGGCAACUGCCACAGGGACAGUACCCGUACUACGCGGCUGUAUUGAAUACGAAUCUGUUAAACCGAACGGCUCAAAAAAUAUCGACUUACAGACAGUCUCACUGGAAUAUUCUUAUACGGGACGAUCAGCUAGUGGAAUCUAUGUAGACGCCAUUGACAUUCUAUCUGGAUUGACAAUUGGCAAAAACACAAAGUUAUACAAGGGUGCAAAGUACAGAACCCAAACAGGUGAUUUUCAAGUAAGGCUAUAG